AGCGGGGCAGACGACACAAACUUGAAAACAUGUGUACAACAUAACCCUCCUCUCGAAUCUUCUGUGAUACUAUUUUUGUUCCAACUUCUUGGUUAUCGUUAAUCAAAAUAUUUCCAGAAGCCUUUUGAACCCUACAAAGAUAUGAUUGUAAUUUUGAAGUGCAGAAAAUGCCGUCACGAGUUAGUGAGAGAAACUGCCACUCGGCAUAUAGUUGUCUCUUUCCAUGGGGAAAGGCUUGAUUUACACUCCAAAGACGCUACUUGCUCCAAUUCUGAACAAGAUUCUUUAUAUUUCCUUGAAGAAACAGGAACGCCGUGGAUUUCAGAUAUUAUCGAAAAGUGCGAUUGGACCAAGGGAAAGCUGAACUGUCCUAACUGCGAAGCUCGGGUUGGGUCCUUUGACUUUGUGUCGCAAUCCAAGUGUGCCUGCGGCUCCGCAUUACUUCCAGCUGUUCAUCUAGUUAAAAGUAAAGUGGAUACAUCUUUCCAGGACAGCAAUGUUUUAACAUCAUUGAAAACAUAACUGUGAACAUAUUAAAGGAAUUGUUAAGUGUUGUGAGUAAAGAACAGUCAGUAAUUGAAAAACAAUAUUCAACAUUUUGAAUUUUACUACAAUUUGAAAUAUUUGAAAUAUACAUCAUUUUUAAGAGGCUUGAAUGAACAAAGUUGCCGGAUCUAUUGAACAAUAUGUUCUUAACAACCAAAGUCAAUGAACACCAAAAGAACAACUUUAGAAAUAGAAUCAAAAAAACCUAGGAAUAUAAUAAGAAUUCUGGCAGUAUUCCUCUACACAUAGUCAACAUUGCAGAAGCUCCACUAUGUUAAAUAACAUUUCUGAAACUGAUUCAGUCUUAGCUCAAGGAAUACCACAUUUAACAAAACAAAAAGUACUACAGUAAGUACUAUCAGGAUGUUAGAAACUAAAUAAGAGAUAUGAUGACAACAAUUAAUGAUGGGCAUUUACAGUCCGUUCAUAAAAUGAUAAGAACUUCUUCACAUAGGAGAAAAAUUGAAUCGACAAGCCACUAGGGCAGGCUGACAAGCUCUUAAGCUCAUGUCUUCAGUUCAGCCA